GUCCGAUCAUGUAGAGGCGAACAGCCGACACCGCUCUGCAUCUCACCAAUAACGUGUAAGCAUAGCACAUGCGAGCUCGCGCAUCAAAUGCUGAUUGGCUAGAAGCGCCAUUGAUCCAAAACCUGUGUACCGCCGUCAUUGGUCAACGAGGCAGUGAAUUCCAGACACACACUAUAGCAUGUAAAGUAGGCAACCAGCGAAAUUGCUCAGUUGAGAUUGUGUCGUUGCCGUAGCUCCCAUUGCAACCGCAACUAUGCAAAUAUUCGUGAAGACGCUUACCGGGAAAACGAUAACACUUGAUGUGGAGAGCAGUGACACGAUCGAGAAUGUGAAGGCGAAGAUCCAGGACAAGGAGGGCAUUCCGCCUGAUCAGCAGCGGUUGAUAUUUGCAGGGAAGCAGUUGGAAGACGGUCGCACUUUGUCUGAUUACAAUAUUCAGAAAGAGUCUACUCUUCAUCUGGUAUUACGCUUACGUGGCGGCAUGCAGAUAUUCGUGAAGACGCUUACCGGGAAGACGAUAACACUUGAUGUGGAGAGCAGUGACACGAUCGAGAAUGUGAAGGCGAAGAUCCAGGACAAGGAGGGCAUUCCGCCUGAUCAGCAGCGGUUGAUAUUUGCAGGGAAACAGUUGGAAGACGGUCGUACUUUGUCUGAUUACAAUAUUCAGAAGGAGUCUACUCUUCAUCUGGUGUUACGCUUACGUGGUGGCAUGCAGAUAUUCGUGAAGACGCUUACCGGGAAAACGAUAACACUCGACGUGGAGAGCAGCGACACGAUUGAGAAUGUGAAGGCGAAGAUCCAAGACAAGGAGGGCAUUCCGCCUGAUCAGCAACGGUUGAUAUUUGCAGGGAAGCAGUUGGAAGACGGUCGUACUUUGUCUGAUUACAAUAUUCAGAAGGAGUCUACUCUUCAUUUGGUGCUUCGCUUGCGUGGAGGAUAACCUGGUCCCUGAGUUUUUGGUGUUUUUAAUUUACAUUUCAUUUGCUCGCUUUAUUCUGAUCCUUUUCGUGUCCUCUGAUAGAUUUGCUGUGUCCGUCUGCUGUGUAGUUGCCUACGAAGGCUGUGUCCUACAAGACUUUUCCAGCGUACAUGACUUUAAUGCGGGUGCUUUUGGAAAGUACCUGUGCGCCAUCAGUUUUGCUUUGUUUACCAUAGUUGAUCAUUCGUUUUACGUGUAAUCUGCUCGAUCUGCAGUAUUUCUCUGAUUCACUUGAUCAACGCGUAUUCUCUUUGCGUU